AGAUGAAACAAACACGAUUUAAUAGAAUUGGUUACCGUUGUAAUCAGAUUACGUUACAAAAGCCUGAACCAAACACGAUCUUACUGUUAGAUGUUUUUGUUUAGUAAGCUGUUUUCCCAUGUCACUUCAAUGUUUUCUUUUCGCCAGUUGUAUUUGUCAAAUGAAGGGCACGUUCUUGGAUUGUGCCCAGCCAAAACGUUGGCUCGCCAAACAUUGGCGGUUUUCCGUGCCGCUGGUUCGCCGGUGCGUUGGCCAGAAAAUGGACUGCCAACAUCUAGCUCGCAGCGGCCGUGCGCGCGUCCAUCACGGCGAGCGUGGCAGGGACGUCGUUGAUGAGCUAGCGGCCGCCAGAGUCCAGGCUCCAGAGAGAAGACGGGCGAGGUAAUCGGUAUGCAGGCCAGUCGAUCUAUGGAAUUAGAUCGUGAACUUGUGCUGGUUGCAAAUUCAACCAUGCUCUUACCGUCCUUUUGAAAAAAAAAAAAAUUGUCCUCACUGGCCGCACCGGUCACCAUCUGCAAAAGGCCAAGAGGGGUCCAGUACAGGUCCCCUCGCCUCUCCACAUCCCGCAUCCCGUCCAGUGCGCCGUUCGGUACUGUGCUUCGAGUCUUUGACCACGACGCGACCGCCCAUCCCCCCUGCCGCAGCACCACAACCGCAGAGCGCGGACCGGCAGCCAGCCAUGCUCGCCCGCCGACGCCGACGCCGCGGGUGAGGUGACUUGAGCCGCUCGAGACCCCGCCGCCGCCGCGAUGGAUCCGGCGUCCGAGGAGCUCGAGCGCCGCAGCCGCUACCUCAGCUCGCUCAUCCGCCGCACCAAGCUCAGCGCCGACCCCGCUCCCCCUCCUCCUCUGCCGGAGCCCAGGGCUGGGACUGGGAGUCGCGAGGAGGCCAAGGCGCCGUUGGUGGAGGAGAAGGAGAAGAGGGAGGUGAAAGAGGAGGGGGACGGAAAGGGGAAAGAGAUCAAGGAGAAGGAGGGGGGUUUGAAGGAGGAGAACAGGAAGGUGUCGGUGCGGGUGCGGGCGGCUGACAUGCCCCUGGCGCUGCAGCGCCGCGCGAUCCGGCUCGCCUAUGAAGCCAUCGCCGCCAUGCCGCGGCUCGACAGCAAGCGCCUCGCCCUCGCGCUCAAGAAGGAAUUUGAUACAGCAUAUGGUCCUGCUUGGCAUUGCAUUGUCGGAACAAGCUUUGGUUCCUAUGUCACUCACUCCUUGGGAGGUUUCUUAUACUUCUCUGUUGACAAGGUCUAUAUUCUUCUCUUCAGAACCGCUGUUGAGCCAUUAGGCCAUCCACGCUGAGACCUAAGAUCAGUUUUACUAGAAGUAGCCUGUAUUUGCCAUUUAACAUGCAGAAGGACAAGGAGAGUAGAAUUCUAGAUCAUCGCCCUCUCUGCAAAUAUGUAGAACCAAUCUGAUGUAAAUUCCAUGUACUACGCACUCAUCUGCCAUGUAAACCUUGACAUCCUUUAGCUGUCAAAACUGUCACUCGACUCUGUUCUUCAGUGCGAGAGGGGGAGUAGCUGUGCUUGUGAAUCAGCAUUACUGUAUGAUGGCUGAGCUUGUAACCUGUUCUGAUGGAUCGAUGCUUCCUAUUAUGAUCUGCUGCUUGA